AUGUCUACGUUGGGCGAUAUGCAGAAGCAGCUGUCCCACAUUGUGGAAGAGGCGAAAACUAAAGGCUACAAGAUCGAGGACGUCAUCCCAGAGAAUAUGCAGAAUCACUUCUCGGAGAUGACUGAGCUCAACGCAGCACGCCAAUAUAUUCAUGAGAUCCAGGCUCGUGAGCGAGAUCUGCAGAUCGAUAACAACGCCCUACGAGCCAUAAUCAAAGAGAAAGAAGCCGAGAUCAAUGAACAGCCAGCUGAAGUCAAGGCUCUCAAGGUUGAUCUCCAACAAGCGUACCGCCAGAUCGAUUACUACCGCGAUCUUUCUGAGGACUCCCAACGGCGUGCGCAACGCUACCAGCGCGAUCUUUCUCUUGCUGUCAAAGACCAGAUUGCCUUCAAUGGAGCUAUUGCCAAAAUUGAGCGUCUACAGAACGAGCUUGGCCAGCAUCGAUCCACGAUCCGGCAGCUACAAACAGAAAACGAACGCACGGCUGAGACAUUCGCUCACCUCCGCGCACAAGACGCAAGACUCAUAGCAGCAAAUGAAGCCCAAUUCGCUAAUAUUAUGUCACACACUUCUCAAAUCGAAAACGAAAACGAACUAUUCAACGAAACGUUUACCACGCUCAUUGACAAACUAGAGUUCGAGGUUUCAUCCGCAGCCACUUCUGUUAAUGACAAGGCUACCCUACUGCGUAGGAUGGAAAUACUGCACAACGCUAUUUUCAGUGAGGUAGCACCUCUGAAUCGCUUGUUCUCUCGUGUCCUCAAAGUGCUUCAAAUUUACCAAAUGCUUUUUCAAUCGCUCUCCGAUCCAUGCAACUCUGACAUAGCCAGUUUGCCGCUUGAACUGGAUCCGCUUAUUGAAGGUGCUAUGCAGGACCUGUACGUUUACAACGAAGUGCACAGAACCAUGUGCCAAGAUUCAGGGCUUGCUGGGGAGCACAUUCGUGUACAUCUGAACGGUAUCUCCAAGAGCGCGAACGAUAUGCUACAAAGCCUAAGUUCCAUCAAAGGGGAUAUGGCAAACUUUCUAGUGCGUUUAAAGAAAGAGCCAGGUAUGUGGACGGCUAUGAAGGCAAAAUUCGGUAUAUCUGGGAAGAAGAAGGUUAUAGGGAAAAGGUUUUCUGUUCACUGA